AUGAAGCGCAGCCGUGGCAGUGACAACGAGCCCCCACGAGCCAUGAGUGCAGCUGGUGAGCUGGAAAUUGCUGCCGACUACCCCUACAAGAAACUCAAAGACGCGCGAUUUCCUGUAGCAAUUGCGAGUCUGCAUCCCGUACUUGACGCGAUCAACGAGUGGGCCAAGACACCCGAGGAGGCAAUUCUGGAAGCCGUGCAAGGCAGCAAGAGAUUGGGGAAGGCCAUGGCACUAGCUGCCGAGGCUGGUCUGCUGGACAUCGUCAAGUUUUUCCUGGAAAACGCUGGUCACUACAGCGAAGAAGAGGAGGAGGGGGAGGAGGAAACGGAUGAAGAGGCGGGUGAAAAUGAAGACGAAGACGAGUGUGACAAGUACUUGACCUGGGAAGCGAGGAGAGAUGCUGCUGUUGUUGCUGCAGGCAGCGGUCAUCUCGAUAUCGUGGAAUACAUAUUUCCGGAAAUUGUUUGGCGCGAAUACGAUUCAGAUGAUGAAGCCGGAGACCGCCAGUUCUACCAAGGGAGAAUCUACCGAGCAACGUGGAGUGUGCUGGAAGCUGGAGCUGAGAAUGACCACCUUGAAGUCGUCGAAUUCUCCGUGAAUCACGCAAAAGAUCGAGAUUAUUGGCAUUGGUACAACCCCACCAUGAGAAAAUUAUGUGCUUUGGCGCGUGCAAGCGCUAAAGGCCACACCGACGUCGUGAUUUUCUUGCUCAGCGAUAGGGAAAAUUGCUGGAACAUCGCUAGAGCAUUUGAGAAAGCAGCAGUACCUGGCAACGAGCUUCUGGCCAAUAUACUUUACGAUGUGUACUCACGCCGGGAGAAACACGACUUGUUCGUCCGAAUGGCGAUGGCUGGAAGUACUAGCGCCGUGGAGUAUCUUCACAAGAAACAUCCAGUAGAAUCAGCAUCGUUAGAAGCUGGGUUUCUCGCUGCAGUGACCCAUGAAUGGAUCGAUAUUAUCGAGUUUCUACUGUCGACAGACGAAGUUUCAGCCGGGCUAUUUGACAAAGCCUUUGUGCUGGCCUCAAGCAGGGGAAAACUCAAAUCUGUCACGUUGCUGUAUGGAAAGAAGCGCGCUUCGCCGAUAUCCAUCAUCGACGCCCUUGAGACCGCGGGCAGUCUUGCUGUGAUCAAGUUUUUGUAUUCAAAUGAAGAUGUCUCCGUCAGUUCCAUUGCCGCAGCUUUUACAAACGCUUUAAGAUACGGACCUACCAGGGAAACGAUCAAAUCGUUCUCUAGCGAGCUCAGCGAAGAAAGCACACGGAUUGUGUGCUACUUGUACGCAAUGAACUGUAUUCCACCGGAGGCAGUCAGUGACGCGUUUCAAUGGGUGGUUUUCAAAAUUCCCGUCGAUGAUGCAACAGCCAUGUACACAGAGCACAGCAUCAGUUCUGCAGCUAUUGGGACUGCUUUUGAGAGAGCGGUCACGGAGAGACGAGGUCUGGCACUCGUAAAGUUUCUUAUUGACCAAGGCUCAGUCUAA